UGGUGCCCAUUCCCUUCGCAGGUCAGCCUCAAUGACUCCCACAACCAGAUGGUCGUUCACUGGGCAGGAGAGAAGAGCAACGUGAUCGUGGCCUUGGCCAGAGACAGCCUGUCCCUGCUGGGCCCCAAAAACAGCGACGUUUACAUCUCUUAUGACUACGGGAAGAGUUUUAAAAAGAUUUCGGAGCGGUUCAGCUUUGGGGAUGGGAACAGCAGCGCGGUGGCCAUCGCUCAGUUCUACCACAGCCCGGCCAACAACCAGCGGUAUAUCUUUGUGGAUGCCUUUGUCCCUUACCUCUGGAUCACCACUGACUUCUGCAAGAGCAUCCAGGGCUUCUCGAUCCCCUUUAGGGCAGCAGAUCUCCUUCUGCACAGCAGGAACCCCAACCUGGUCCUGGGCUUUGACAGAUCCCACCCCAACAAGCAGCUCUGGAAAUCAGAUGACUUUGGCCAGACCUGGAUAAUGAUACAGGAGCACGUGAAGUCAUUUUCCUGGGGCGUCGAGCCCUACGAUAAGCCCAACACAGUGUACAUCGAGCGGCACGAGCCCUCUGGCACCUCCACUGUCAUUCGCAGCACAGAUUUCUUCCAAAGCCGAGAAAAUAAAGAGGUGAUCCUGGAGGAUGUUGAUGACUUUCAACUCCGGGACAAAUACCUGUUUGCCACCAAGGCCGUGCGCUUGCUGGGCAGCUUGCAGCCAGCAUCAGUUCAGCUCUGGGUUUCCUUCAACCGCAAGCCGAUGCGGGUGGCCCAAUUCGUUACCAAGCAUCCAAUUAAGGAGUACUACAUCGCCGAUGCAUCGGAGGACCAGGUGUUUGUGUGCGUCAGCCACGAUGACAACCGCACCAACCUCUACAUCUCGGAAGCAGAAGGCCUGAAGUUCUCCCUGUCUUUAGAAAAUGUGCUCUACUACAGCCCAGGAGGAGCAGGCAGUGACACUCUGGUCAGAUAUUUUGCCAAUGAGCCUUUUGCUGACUUCCACCGUGUCGAAGGUGUGAGAGGUGUGUACAUUGCCACGCUGCUCAACGGCUCCUUCAGCGAGGAGAACAUGCAGUCCGUCAUCACCUUUGACAAGGGAGGCACCUGGGAGCCCCUGCAGCCUCCGGCAGAGACACGCUAUGGGGAGAAGACACACUGUGAGCUUUCCCAGGGCUGUUCCCUCCACCUGGCCCAGCGCCUGAGCCAGCUGCUGAAUUUCCAGCUGCGGAGGAUGCCCAUCCUGUCCAAAGAGUCGGCACCAGGGCUGAUCAUUGCUACCGGCUCCAUUGGCAAGAGCAUGGCGAAGAAAACCAACGUCUACAUCUCGAGCAGCGCUGGGGCGAGGUGGAGAGAGGCACUGUCAGGACCCCACUACUACACCUGGGGUGACCACGGGGGCAUCCUGGUGGCCAUCGCACAGGGCACAGAGACCGACCAGCUCAAGUACAGCACCAACGAGGGAGAGACGUGGAAAUCCUUCACCUUCUCAGAGAAGCCAGUGUUUGUGUAUGGGCUGCUGACAGAGCCUGGGGAGAAAAGCACCAUCUUCACUAUUUUUGGUUCCUACAAGGAGAACGGCCACAGCUGGCUCAUCCUGCAGGUCAACACCUCCGACGUGCUGGGGGUCCCAUGCACAGAGAACGACUACAAGCUGUGGUCGCCCUCAGAUGAGCGAGGCAAUGAGUGCUUACUGGGGCAUAAAACUGUUUUCAAAAGGAGGACUCCUCAUGCGACGUGUUUCAAUGGGGAAGAUUUUGACAGGCCUGUCAUGGUCUCCAACUGCUCGUGUACCAGGGAAGACUUUGAAUGUGAUUUCGGCUUUAAGCUGAGCGAGGAUCUCUCUCUGGAAGUUUGCAUCCCAGACCCCGAGUUUGCAGGGAAGCCCUAUGACCCACCAGUACCAUGCCCCGUGGGCUCAACCUACAGGAGGACUCGAGGCUACCGGAAGAUCUCUGGGGACACCUGUAUGGGUGGUGACAUCGAGUCGCGGCUGGAGGGGGAGAUGCUGCCAUGCCCACUGGCUGAGGAGAACGAAUUCAUCCUGUAUGCCACCCGCUACUCCAUCCACCGCUACGACCUCACCUCUGGGCUCAGCCAGGAGCUGCCGCUGGCUGGGCUGCGCGGGGCGGUCGCCCUCGACUUCGACUAUGAGCACAACUGCCUCUACUGGGCCGAUGUCACACUGGACAUCAUCCAGCGUCUUUGUCUCAAUGGCAGCUCUGGGCAAGAAAUAAUCAUAAGCACUGGGUUGGAAACGGUGGAAGCUUUGGCCUUCGAACCACUCAGCCAGUUGCUGUACUGGGUCAAUGCUGGAAUUCCCAAAAUUGAGGUUGCCAAUCCAGAUGGAGACCUGCGUCUCACUGUCCUCAACUCCUCCAUCCUCGAGCGACCCAGAGCCCUUGCGCUGGUGCCCCGAGAAGGGCUGAUGUUCUGGACGGACUGGGGAGACUCCAGGCCUGGCAUUUACAGAAGUGACAUGGAUGGUUCCUCGGCUGCCUGCAUCGUCUCAGAAGGUGUGCGGUGGCCCAAUGGCAUCUCUGUGGACGACCACUGGAUCUACUGGACUGAGGCUUACAUGGAUAGGAUUGAGAGGGUGGAUUUCAAUGGGUUGCAGAGAUCUGUCAUCUUGGACAGCCUCCCACACCCCUAUGCCAUCGCUGUAUUUAAGAACGAGAUCUACUGGAAUGACUGGUCACAGCUGAGCAUCUUCCGGGCGUCCAAAAACAGUGGCUCAAGGAUGGAGACGUUGGUCGGCCGAUUAAACGGGAUCAUGGACAUGAAAAUCUUCUACAGAGGAAAGACGACAGGACAGAACGCCUGCAUUGCCCACCCCUGCAGCUUGCUCUGUUUGCCCAAGUCCAACAACGGCCGGAGCUGCAAGUGCCCCGAGGGCGUUUCCAGCACCGUGCUGCCCUCAGGGGAGGUGAAGUGUGACUGUCCUCAUGGCUACAGCAUGAAGAACAACACCUGCGUGAAGGAAGAAAACACGUGUCUGCCCAACCAGUACAGAUGCUUCAAUGGGAACUGCAUCAACAGCAUUUGGCAGUGUGACAACAACAAUGACUGCGGGGACAUGAGCGAUGAGAAGAACUGCCCCACCACUGUGUGUGAUGCCGAAACCCAGUUCCGCUGCCGGGAAUCGGGGACCUGCAUCCCUCUGUCCUACAAGUGUGACCUGGAGGACGACUGCGGUGAUAACAGCGAUGAGAGUCACUGCGAUGCUCACCAGUGCAGGAAAGACGAGUUCAGCUGCAGCUCAGGGAUGUGCAUUCGGCUCUCCUGGAGGUGUGAUGACGACAAUGACUGCAGGGACUGGUCUGAUGAAGCCAACUGCACCAUGUUCCGUACCUGUGAAGCCUCCAGCUUCCAGUGCCUCAAUGGGCACUGCAUCCCACAACGCUGGGCUUGCGAUGGUGAUGCUGACUGCCAGGAUGGCUCCGAUGAGGACCCCACCAUCUGCGAAAAAAAGUGCAAUGGCUUCCAGUGCCCCAAUGGCACCUGCAUCUCAACCAGCAAACACUGCAAUGGCAUCACCGACUGCGCCGACGCCUCAGAUGAGCAGGACUGUGAAAUUCCCCUGUGCACCCGUUACAUGGACUUCGUGUGCAAGAACCGGCAGCAGUGCUUGUCCCACUCCAUGGUGUGUGAUGGUGACAUCCAGUGCGAGGAUGGCUCCGAUGAAGAUGCCAACUACGCGGGAUGUGCCCAGGAACCCGAGUUCCACCGCACCUGUGACCAGUUCAGCUUCCAGUGUGCAAACGGGGUGUGCAUCAGCCUGGUGUGGAAGUGCGAUGGCAUGGAUGACUGCGGUGACUACUCAGAUGAAGCAAGCUGUGAAAACCCAACGGAUGCCCCCAACUGCUCCCGGUACUACCAGUUCCAGUGUGGGAACGGGCACUGCAUCCCCAACCAGUGGAAGUGUGAUGGAGAGAACGACUGCGGGGACUGGUCGGAUGAGAAGGAGUGUGAGGGCUCCCCAGUCCUUCCCAUCACCACCGCCAUCCCUCCCACCUGCCUCCCCAAUCAUUUUCGAUGCGGCAGCGGCGCCUGCAUCACCAACAGCUGGGUGUGCGAUGGCUACCGCGACUGCGCCGACGGCUCGGACGAGGACGCCUGUCCCACCUCCCACCCCAAUGUGAGCUCCAGCCCCCCAGCGCCGCGCGGCCGCUGCAGCAGAGCCGAGUUCGAAUGUCAGCAGCUGCAGAAAUGCAUCCCCAACUGGAAGCGUUGUGACGGCCGGCGGGACUGCCAGGAUGGCACCGACGAGAGGAACUGCCCAACGCACAGCUCGCUGUCGUGCCCCCAGGGCUUCCGCUGUGAGGAUGGGGAGGCCUGCCUGCUGGUGACUGAACGCUGCGAUGGGUACCUGGACUGCUCCGAUGGCAGCGAUGAGAGGAACUGCACGGAUGACACCAUUGUGUACAAGGUACAGAACCUGCAGUGGACGGCUGACUUCUCUGGUGCCAUCACCCUGACAUGGACUCGGCCAAAGAAGAUGUCCUCGACCUCCUGUGUCUACAACAUGUAUUACAGGAUGGUUGGAGAAAGCAUCUGGAAGGUUCUGGAAACCCACAGCAACAAAACCAGCAGCGUGUUGAAGGUUCUGAAGCCUGACUGCACCUACCAGGUGAAGGUGCAGGUGCAGUGUCUCAGCAGAGUCUACAAUACCAACGAUUUCAUCACCCUGCGGGUGCCUGAAGGACUGCCGGAUGCUCCCUUUAACCUGCAGUUGGCCCUCAAAAAAGAAGCUGAGGGGGUGGUGUUGUGCAGCUGGAGUGCCCCUGUGAAUGCCCAUGGCCUCAUACGGGAAUUCAUUGUGGAAUACAGCAGCAGUGGUUCCAAGGAGUGGUCAUCCCUUAGAACCACCAAGAACUACACCGAGAUCAAGAACUUACAGGUCAACACAUUGUACACAGUUCGGGUUGCUGCGGUGACCAGUCGAGGAGUGGGAAAUUGGAGCAUCUCUAAAUCCAUAACCACCAUAAAAGGCAAAGUCAUUCCUCCACCUGUCAUACGCAUUGAGGGCUACACUGAGGACUCCAUAAGCUUCAGUCUAAAAAUGAAUACUAAUAUCAAGGUCAGCGGUUACGUUGUCAACAUCUACUGGACAUUUGAUGCACACAGGCAGGAAAGAAGAACUCUGGCCAUAGAAGGAGAAAAGUCAGUCCAAAAAGUGGCCAACCUGACAGCUCAAACCCCGUAUGAAAUCUCUGCUUGGGCUAAAACAGAGCUGGGUGACAGCCCUCUGUCUUUUGUGCACGUUGUGACCAGCGGGACGAGACCCAUCCCACCAAGUCUCAAGGCCAGGGCCAUCAACCAGACAGCUGUGGAGUGCACCUGGACCGGACCGAGGGAUGUUGUCUAUGGCAUCUUCUACGCCACGUCCUUCCUGGAGCUCUACCGGAGCCCUCACAACACCACCACAACCUUCCACAAUGCCACCGUCAUCGUGCAGCGGGACGAGCAGUACCUGUUCUUGGUCCGUGUGAUGUCUCCCUACCAAGGGCCACCGUCUGAUUACGUCGUGGUGAAGAUGAUCCCCGACAACCGGCUGCCCCCGAGGCACCUCCAUGCAGUGCUCAUAGGCAAGACCUUCGCCGUCAUCAAGUGGGAAUCUCCCUACGAUUCUCCUGACCAGGACAUGUUGUAUGCUGUUGCAGUUAAAGAUUUAGUAAGAAAAACAGAUAAAAUCUACAAAGUGAAAACACGGAACAGCACGGUGGAAUACACCAUCAAGAAACUCGAACCAGGAGGCAAAUACCACGUGAUUGUUCAACUGGGAAACAUGAGCAAAGAAUCCAGCAUGAUGGUUAACACAGUUCCACUCUCUGCACCGGAUGCCUUAAAAAUUAUAGCAGAAAAUGACCACAUUCUGCUCUUUUGGAAGAGUUUGGCGUUAAAGGAAAGCAAUUUCAACGAGAGCCGGGGUUACGAGGUUCUCAUGUUUGACAGCCUGGUGAACCGCACGGCCUAUCUUGGGAAUACCACUGAGAACUUCUUCAAAGUUUCCAACCUGAAGACUGGUCACAACUACUCCUUUGCAGUCAGGGCCAGGUGUCUGUAUGGUGGGCAGAUGUGCGGGGAGCCGGCCACGCUUCUCUACGAUGAGCUGGGAGCUGGUGAAGACUCCUCUGAAUCUAAAAUAGGCAGAUCCACUGACGUGGCUGCCAUUGUGGUCCCCAUCCUGUUCCUGCUGCUGGUGGCCCUGGGGGCUGGUUUCGUGGUGCUCUACACGAGGCACCGCCGGCUGCAGAGCAGCUUCACCGCCUUCGCCAACAGCCACUACAGCUCCCGCCUGGGCUCGGCCAUCUUCUCCUCAGGAGACGACUUAGGAGAUGAGGAUGACGAAGCUCCCAUGAUAACUGGAUUUUCAGAUGAUGUCCCCAUGGUCAUCGCAUGAAGCCCGUUUCUGACUGUAAAAACCAAAUGGUGUAAAUAUUUUAUUUGAUAAAAAUAGUUGAUUGUUUAUUUUAAAAAUGCACUUUGAGUUGCAAUAUGUUAUUUUUCUAUGGGCCAAAAAAUUUAAGAAACACUUUGUAGUAAUCGACUGUGAAUUGCAAACUAGUUUGGUUUAGUAACAAAUUGCUUUGAUUUAACAUUGAUUUAGUCUUACAAGGCUAUGCUUGCUGGGCAUGCUUUUAAGUCUGUGAGAUAUUUUCCGUUGACUAAAUUGGCUACUCAAUUUAUUUUUCUAAGACGAGAAUAAAUUUAUUUUAAAAAAAUUCAGGAGAUUAUAUAUGUAGAGAGAGAUAAGUAAUAUAGUCCCUGAAGGUUUUGCUUUUAACUUU